GCAGGAUUGGAGUGUUAUUUUUGACCUUUCGCUUUCUGGAUCUAGGGUUUCGCUUUUGACGACUCUUUUUUUUUUUUUUUUUUGUUCUACCAUCAUCAUCACCAUCAAAAUCAAAACCCUAGCUCCACCACAUAAACACUGCUUCUCAGACGAACUCAAACAAAAUUUGGAAUCGGAGGCCAACAAGAAAAAAAAAAAGCUUUUAGGGUUUUCUUUUUUGCGAUCAUCACCAUCAAUCAGAUCUAAAAUUGUUCUAAAAUUGUGGUUCUUUUUUCCCCUCACAGAUCAGGGAUUAUUGUAUUGGUUUUUGUUUUAUAUAAAAUUCCCAACGAAUCGGAUCAAAUCUAAAGCAUUCCCUGUGACUCAGAGACGAAAUCACCAUCAUGGGUUUUACAAAGAAAUUGAUGAACAACAACAACAACAACAACAACAAUCUCAGCAACCCAUUUGAAAGAGUGAGAUUUUGAUUACAUACGUAUAUAUAAUUUCUUUUUUAUAUUUUCGGAUUUGGGCCCCCAAAAAGAAAAGAAAAGAAAAAAAGAAAAAGAAAAAGAAAAAAGAAAUGUAUAAAGCGGUGUUGUAUCAAGGGGAAGAGUUACUUGGAGAGGUAGAGAUAUACCCAGAAGAGAAAGAGAAGAUCGAAGUGAAGGAAAUCAGAAUAAGUCAGUUUUCACAAGCAAGUGAAAGAUGUCCACCACUGGCUGUGCUUCAUACUAUUACUGCUACUGGGAUUAGCUUCAAAAUGGAGUCAAAGUCCUCUCUCUCUCAGGACUCGCCGCUCUUUGAUUUGCACUCUUCAUGUUUCAAGGAGCACAAGACUGCCAUAAUGCCACUAGGUGGAGGGGAGGAGCUUCAUUUGGUCGCUAUGUAUUCCAAGAAUAAUGACAAACAAUAUCCAUGUUUCUGGGGAUUCAAUGUUGCAUCAGGGCUAUAUGAUUCUUGUCUUGUCAUGUUAAACCUUAGAUGUCUUGGAAUAGUAUUUGAUCUUGAUGAAACACUCAUAGUAGCAAAUACAAUGCGCUCAUUUGAAGAUAGGAUUGAGGCCCUACAGCGGAAAAUUAACAGUGAGGUGGACCCACAACGCAUUUCUGGUAUGCUGGCGGAGGUCAAGCGCUAUCAAGAUGACAAAAUUAUAUUAAAGCAAUAUGCUGAAAAUGAUCAGGUUGUUGAAAAUGGGAAGGUGAUCAAAACUCAGUCUGAGGUUGUUCCAGCUUUGUCAGAUAACCAUCAAACUAUCAUUCGGCCACUUAUAAGGUUACAGGAGAAGAAUAUUAUUCUGACUCGCAUCAAUCCACAGAUUCGUGAUACAAGUGUUCUUGUGAGGUUGAGACCUGCAUGGGAUGAUCUCCGGAGCUACUUGAUUGCAAGAGGGCGCAAGCGUUUUGAGGUUUAUGUUUGCACCAUGGCUGAAAGGGAUUAUGCUUUAGAGAUGUGGAGGCUUCUUGAUCCAGAUUUAAAUUUGAUAAACUCAAAAGAAUUAUUGGAUCGCAUUGUAUGUGUCAAGUCUGGUUCAAGGAAGUCGCUCUUCAAUGUCUUUCAUGAUGGCUUAUGCCAUCCUAAGAUGGCAUUGGUCAUUGAUGAUCGCUUGAAAGUGUGGGAUGAGAAAGAUCAACCACGGGUUCAUGUAGUUCCUGCAUUUGCUCCUUACUAUGCUCCCCAAGCUGAGGCCAAUAAUGCUAUACCCGUCUUGUGUGUGGCAAGAAAUGUUGCUUGCAAUGUUAGAGGUGGUUUUUUCAAAGAAUUUGAUGAGGGUCUUCUACAGAAGAUUCCUGAAAUUUCUUAUGAAGAUGAUAUUAAAGAUAUUCCUUCUCCUCCCGAUGUGAGCAACUAUUUAGUCUCUGAGGAUGAUGGUUCUGCGUCAAAUGGAAACAAAGAUCCACUUUCUUUUGAUGGCAUGGCAGAUGCUGAGGUUGAAAGAAGACUAAAGGAUGCAAUAUCUGCUCCUUCAAUAGUCACUACUCUAGAUCCAAGGCUUCCUCCUGCUCUUCAGUUUACUGUGGCGCCACCCUCUGGCUCAAUUGCAAUGCAAACAACUCAAGGGUCAAUGAUGCCAUUUUCCAAUAUACAGUUCCCUCCGGCUACUUCACUUGUUAAACCAUUGGGUCAAGUUGGGGCCCCAGAAACAAGCUUGCAAAGUUCUCCUGCAAGAGAAGAGGGUGAAGUACCGGAAUCAGAGUUAGAUCCUGAUACAAGGCGGAGGUUACUCAUAUUGCAACAUGGGCAAGACACAAGAGAUCAUGCACCAGCUGAACCUCCGUUUCCUGUAAGACCCCCACUACAAGUUGCUGUUCCACGGGCUCAAUCACACAGUGGCUGGUUCCCAGUAGAGGAAGAGAUGAGCCCACGGCAAGUGAGCCGAGCAGUACCCAAAGAAUUUCCUUUAGAUGCAGAAUCAAUGCAUAUUGAGAAGCAUCGCCCUCAGCAUCCAUCUUUUUUCCCUAAGGUUGAGAGUUCUGUUACUUCUGAUAGAGUUGUCCAUGAAAAUCAAAGAUUAUCUAAAGAGGCAUUUCAUAGAGAUGAUCGGUUGAGAUUAAACCAUGCGCUGUCUAGUUAUUAUUCUUUCUCAGGUGAGGAUAUUCCAUUGGGUCGAUCGUCUUCGAGCUCUAGGGAUGUUGACUUUGAAUCUGGACGAGGUGUUUCAAAUGCAGAAACUCCAGCUGGAGUGUUACAUGACAUUGCAAUGAAGUGUGGAACCAAGGUGGAGUUCAGGCCGGCUUUGUUUACCAGCAUGGAACUGCAGUUCUCCUUUGAGGCUUGGUUUGCAGGGGAGAAAAUUGGUGAAGGACUUGGUAGAACAAGAAGGGAAGCACACCGCCUUGCUGCUGAGUGUUCUCUUAAGAAUUUGGCUAAUAUAUAUAUGUCUCGGGUUAAGGCUGAUUCUGGGUCUAUGCCUGGGGAUUUGAGUAGGUUUCCUAAUGCAAAUGACAAUGGUUUUGUGGGUAAUUUAAGUUCUUUUGGGAAUCAGCCAUUGCCCAAAGAGGAGUCUGUCUCAUUUUCAACUGCAGCUGAACCAUCUAGGCUUCUAGACCCUAGGUUGGAAGGCUCUAAAAAGUCAAUGGGUUCAGUCUCUGCACUCAAAGAAUUAUGCUUAAUGGAAGGCCUUGAUGUAGCUUUUCAACCUCGACCACCACCUUCUGGUAAUUCAGUUCAGAACGAUGAAGUAUAUGCACAGGUCGAAAUAGAUGGGCAGGUUUUUGGGAAAGGGAUUGGGUUAACAUGGGAUGAGGCGAAGAUGCAGGCUGCUGAAAAGGCACUUGGAACUCUAAGAUCAACGCAUGGUCAAUUUAGUCAGAAGCGUCAAGGUUCUCCUAGGGCAUUGCAUGGUAUGUCAAAUAAACGCAUGAAGCCGGAAUUUCAACGAGUUAUGCAGCGGAUGCCUUCUUCUGCUAGAUAUGCCAAGAAUGCUCCUCCUGUUCCCUGAAAGACCAUAUCACCAAUUUUCAUCCCACUUUUUGGUAUGGCUGCUGCUGAGAAAUUUUAUGGUACAUAACUAACUCAUAGAUGGGCAAGGGCCAUUGAGAUCCAGGACUGCCAAUUUCUUGAACCUUUGAUUCUUCGUAAGAUGUCCAAAAGUGAAGUGGAACUUCCACAAGAUAUUUUCUUGUGGCUUUCAUCUCACAUCCAUAAGAGAGCAGGAGGCCCUGAAAUGACUAUAGUCCUAAGAUGUUCUUGUCUCAGAAUUUCCACUCACUAUUCUAUGAGGCAUUUCUUCUCAAAAUGCUUAAUGACCUCCUUUUGAGAUGAUACAAGGCCAAUGUUGUCCCAAUUUGUAUGUGGCUGAUGCAAUCAUUGUCAAGAUUUUCAAGCCUGUUUCAGUUGGAUUUAUUUACAGUGUAUUGAUAUUUGUUUAAGCUGAAGAAAACUGAAUAUGGUGUUGAUCAGGGGCAGUUUCUGGCUAUGCUCGGAGUCACUUAACCUACUAAUCGUUGACCGACUGUUUUGCCUUUCUCAUUGCCCACCUCUCUGAAGAUACAGAAUAUUGAUAAUUUCAGUGUCCUGAGAUUGGUGAAAGUUUAUAGUGAUAGUGAACUGAGCUGAUGUAUUUUAGUUUUGUCAUUUGUAUGUAUGGGUUGGGUUUUUCUCUUUCCUUUUUUUUAUCUUCAUUUUUGAGUUUGAUUAGGUAGCCACUUCAAGAAGAAAGUUUCCCAGACCUUGCAGAAGCAUGAGCCUUGUGCCUUAAAGAAGGAUGUUUUCCAAGGAUCAUUGAUUACUGAAAAUUUUCUAAGCACUACUAUUGAAAUUUCUUUAACAUCUUAUUAGCCACCAUAUUUGGAAUUGUA